GACAGGGAUAAAACGAUAACACGUCCCAACACAGAGCUAUUACAAUACUAUGAAUACUUUUUUCUUGUAAUAAAUAGCAUUACACUAGUCUUGUUUUGGCUUAAUUCCUGAACAAACUCCACUCCGGACAGCUACGAGGGAGAGCAGCUUGAAUGGAAAAUAAAAACCGCAAUGGCGUCUUUUAAGGACCAAAUGAUGAACCAGCUGAGCUCCUUUUUGUACCAGAGGCUGCACGCGGCGGCGCAGGACAUUUUGGGACAAGUGGAGAAAAUUUUGACUUCAGCUUUGGACGAGAACCACCAGGGAACCGGACUGGACUGUCCGAGUGCCAUUUCAGCCGCUCCUCAGGUCUGCAUCACUUUUGGAGAUGGGAAUCAGCCAAAAGCAGCUCCAGCAGCAGAAGAGGCCCGCCUCAGUUCAAAUGAGGAGACUGUGCUCAGGACCAGUGCUAACACUGCACAAGACAAGUACUUACAAGAGACAGUCCAGGAAGGACGGCAUGAUGUUCUUCAAGAGCAGGACAUUGUUGACACAUUUUUUGAGGAUGUUAAACAGCCAGAAAGAGACAAACUGCAGACAAGUCUGGUAUCUUACAGUGAUAACAGCAACAAAACGUGUUGGGUGCAAAAUGGAGCAACACGAUCGAGAAACCUGACAACAAAAGUGUCAGAGCAGGCCAAAAAUAUAAAAGAGGAGGUUAUCGAGUCUACAGAGUGGCCACACAAGUGUGGUGUCUGUGGAAAAGGCUUUAGAUACAAGUCUACUCUAAGAAUCCAUGAACGUGCACACUCGAAGGACAGAUCUUUUCAGUGUGACGUCUGCAAAAAGUCAUUCUCACAGAGGAAUAAUCUUAAUAACCACAAACGCAUUCAUACAGGAGAUAGACCCUUUCAGUGUGACGUCUGCAAAAGGUCAUUCUCAGAAAGGAAUAAUCUUAAAAAGCACAAACGUAUUCAUACAGGAGACAGACCCUUUCAGUGUGAUAUCUGCAAAAAGUCAUUCACUCAGAACAGUAACCUUAACAAGCACAAACGCAUUCAUACAGGAGAAAGACCCUUUCAGUGUGACGUCUGCAAAAAGUCAUUCACACGGAGGAAUAAUCUUAACAAGCACAAACGCAUUCAUACAGAAGACAGACCCUUUCAGUGUGACGUCUGCAAAAAGUCUUUCACACAGAGCAGUGACCUUACCAUCCACAAACGCAUUCAUACAGGAGACAGACCCUUUCAGUGUGAUGUCUGCAAAAAGUCAUUCUCACAGAGGAAUCAUCUUAAUGAGCACAAACGCAUUCAUACAGGAGAUAGGCCGUUUCAGUGUGACGUCUGCAAAAAGUCAUUCACAAAGAGCAAUCAUCUUAAAGUGCACAAACACAUUCAUACAGGAGACAGACCCUUUCAAUGUGACGUCUGCAAAAAGUCAUUCACACAAAGGUGUACUCUUAACGAGCACAAAAACCUUCAUACAGGAGACAGACCCUUUCAAUGUGACGUCUGCAAAAAGUCAUUCACACAAAAGAGUAAUCUUAAAAGACAUGAGCGUACACAUUCUGGGGAAAAGCCAUACUCUUGUGACAUCUGUAUGAAGGCUUUCGGUGAGUUGGCACACUUUAAAAAACAUGAAAAAACACACACAGAGGAGUGGCCGUACUCCUGUGACAUGUGUGGAAAAGCAUUCAGUGGAAGUGGCACUCUGAGUCAACACAAAUGUUGACACUCUGCUAAAACUAACUAACACACUGCUGGAGCUGAAGCUAACUAACAUUUGGCUUGAACAAACUAACAAACUCCUUAAUCUAACCAAAGUUUAAAGUAAAGCUCCAACUGAAGAGUACCACAGCUUCUUUAAGCCUGGCAUCUGUUUAUAGUUCAUAUUAUUUGCAAAAACCCAACACUUUAAAAUCCACUUGAGCUCAUUUAAGCUGUUAUGUUUUGUUUAGUUUACCUUUAACAUGCAGUUAUAUAUUUAAGUGUAAUUUUCUAAAACUAGAGCUUUUUGUUUAUAAAGGUUGAAUUAUUCAUUAUUUAUGUUUACAUGUCGUACUGCUGUGUUUCAGUCAGUAGGUGGAACCAUUUUUGGGCAGUUAAAUGUUAAAAUUUAGUUUUGAAAAGUUUUUGACUGACCAACCAGUCAUGUGUUGUUUUUAUUUAUGUACCAUUGUAAACUGAAGUACUUCUGAUAUUAACUUUUGAAUGUGUUUUACAUUGUAAUUACAGACUUAAGUAUUUGUUGAAAUGUUUUCACAAAAUAUGUAAUCACUAUUAUAUAUAUUAAUUUGUAUUAAUAUUAUUUUUGGAAUGCAUACUUGUAUUGUCACUAAUUACUAUAAAAUAAUAAAUGUUUAGUGCAGC